AUGGAGAGCUACAUCACAACUAAGCUGAGCGAAAUGACCGAGUUCCUGAACGCCUACGCUGUGAAAUCCGAGAUCAAGGAAGUGGAUGAGGUAUCGCCGAGCGUAACGCAAGUGGAGAAAGAGGCCCUGGACGUGCUCCAAAAGGUGAUGAAGUACAACAUCCACAAGAUCGGCCGCGUCAUCGUCACAUCGAACGAGCAACGCAAGUCGUGGCGAAAGAACGUAGCGGACAACGCCGAGAAGCAGGGCUAUCUCAAGAAGAAGGGCGAGAUUUCGGUCACGUCGUCCUGGCGCACCCGGUGGUUCGUCCUCAAGAACCGAUUCCUGUACUACUUCAAGAGCCCGCAGCAUUCCACGUCGGCUGGAGCGAUCCCCCUGGGCAAGUGCACGGUCAAGGCUGUCGAGCUCGAGGCCAAGGACAAAGACAAGGACAGCCAGGAGUUCUGCUUCGAAAUCGUCACCAACUACAGGACCUAUUGUCUCAUGGCCGCUACCGAGUCGGAGCGACUAAAGUGGAUCGAGGCGAUCGAGGCCAAGAUCAAGUCCACCGAAACCGCGCAGUCGUUGACCCCACUGUCGACGUCGGGCUCGUCGAUCACGACGGCCAAGAAGGGUUACCUGAUCAAGCGAGGCAACAUGGUCAAGAACUGGAAGAAGAGAUGGUUCGUGUUGAAGGACCACCUCCUGUUCUACUACAAGACCCACACCGACCCCAGUCCCAAGGGUGAGGUGCCCAUCCAGCACUGCUUCGUGCGCCGCUCCGAUCUCAAGGACGCCGAGACACAGUUUGUGUUUGAGCUGACGGUGGCCGAGCGGACGUUUGUGUUCUGCGCGCCCGACGAGGAGACGGUCAAGUCGUGGAUGGACGCCAUCAAGCGAUCCAAGAACGAGUGGUGGAAGACCGAGCAGGACCGAAAGGGCAAGCACCUCGAACGGAAGCCCGCGUCCCUGCGCGAUGCCGUCAUUCCAGGCGUGCGCAACAAAAUCACCGACGUCGAGAGCGCCAAGCGUGCGUUGAUCAGGCCCGAACGCGAAGGCUUCCUGAUCAAGCAGGGCGCCAGCGUCAGGACCUGGAAGAGGCAGUGGUGUGUCGUCUCCGAGGGUCGCCUGUACUACUUCAAAACACCCAACGACGAUACGGCUGCUGGGUUCGUCGCGCUGGAGGAUUCUGCGGUGGAGCGGUCGGCCGUCGGCGGCUUCUGCCUGGAGAUCGUCACGCGGGAACGGCGCCACUUCUUCCGCGCCAACGACCGCGAAGACAUGGAGGCCUGGAUAUCCGUCAUCAGGCUCUCCGCGUCGAAGAAGGUCGAAUCCGUACCGGACAAGGGACUGUCGGUGGCGGUGCAGGGCUCCACGCGCAAGGCCGGGUGGCUGCUCAAGAUGGGGGCCAAGGGAGCCUGCCAGCGCGAGACGCCCGUCACCCUGGCCAUCAGCGACGAGGAGAAGGCGAGGGCCGAGGCGGUGAUCGAUGCCUUUGUGGAGCGCGUCGACGUUGCCAAGAUCGUCCACGACGUUCACGCCUCGAAGUAG